AUGAAGGGUCGACCGCGGCGAGGCCCCAGUUAGUGUUUACACUCUCUUUGAAUGGCGAGAUAAUCCAUUAUAAGGUCAAAAUAGUGAAUUUACGCCAUGUGGGACGUGCAUCAAAUGAUGCUGGGUGAUGCUCCAGUCCAGGGUCUGGAGCGAGAAUACCCACCGGGAUCCGAAGCCGUGCAUAGUCAUAGUGACCAUGCGCAGGUCAUGUAUGUUACCAAUGGCUCGGUCACGGUCUACACCGCUGAGGGUAUCUGGGUACUGCCGCCUCAUCGUGCGCUUUGGAUCCCUCACGGAAUGACCCAUACAUUCAAACACUCCAGACCUAUAUCCCUUAGAACUGUAUACGUCCACAAAGAUGCU